AUGAAUUACAGCAUAUCUGUGAUUUUGGUGGCCCUGAUGGUGUGUCAGGUAUAUGGUGGUGCAACAGAACUCACUAGAGACAAUAUUGAUGGGAUAUUAGAACAUAAUGAAGUUGUGUUUUUGAACUUCUAUGCUGAUUGGUGCCGAUUCAGUCAGAUGUUGAAGCCCACAUUUGAAGAAGCUGCAAAUAAAAUAGGUGAAGAAUUCCCUCCAGAACAAGGAAAGGUUCUGUUUGUCAAGGUGAACUGUGAUGUGCAACCUGAGAUAGCUCAAAAAUAUUUUGUGAAUAAGUACCCCACAUUGAAGCUAGUCCGUAAUGGUGAACUUGUAAAGAAAGAAUACAGAGGUCAAAGGUCAGUGGAGGCUCUAGUUCAGUUCAUCAAAGACCAGAUCAAGUCAACCGUAGCUGAAGUAGCAUCAUCAGAUGAUCUUGACAAUUUGGACGAAAAUAAACGUCACAUUAUUGGCUACUUCAAUGAGGCAAGUGGACCUGCAUAUGAGAAUUUCAAGAAAAUCUCAAGUCUUUUGAAAGAUGACUGUCAGUUUACUGGAUUGUUUGGUGAGGCAAGCAUCAAGGAGAGAGCAAAUGGUGACAAUAUUGUAUACAGAGCUCCAAGAACCCACAAUGAGGAUUUACAAUACUUGGCCAACCUGGGUGAUUAUGAUAUGCUGUUGAGAUGGACUACAGACAAGUGUGUUCCUGUUGUGAGAGAAAUCACUUUUGAAAAUGCAGAGGAGCUAACAGAAGAAGGGCUACCAUUCCUGAUUCUAUUCCAUAAACCCGAUGACACAGAGAUUGUUGAUUUAUUCUCUAAAACAGUUGCCUCUCAUCUUAUGGCACAUAAAUCCAGUAUAAACUUUUUAACAGCUGAUGGGCUGAAAUUCUCACAUCCUCUCCAUCACCUGGGUAAAUCAACAAAUGACCUACCAGUCAUAGCUAUUGACAGUUUUAGACAUAUGUAUGUCUUUCCAAAAGAUAUAAAAGAAAGUUUAGCGAAUCCAGCUGUUAUAUCUCAAUUCAUAGCAGAUCUCCACUCAGGAAAGUUACAUAGGGAGUUCCAUCAUGGUCCAGACCCAACAACCUCUCCUGCUCAACAGGUCAAAGCUGAUGAGAAAAAUGAUGAUGAAGAUGAUUAUGAUGAUAACAGUGAUGAUCAGAUUGGAGAGGAGAAAAAGGAGGGAGACUCAACACCUCAUGUACCUAAUGAUCAAGACAAAACCGAGGAAGAAGAAGAAGUUAAAAAACCAACCUCACCCCCUGAAUCACUAUUUAAAAAGCUACAACCAUCAAAUAGUCGUUAUACAAUCCUCAAGGAUGAGUUAUGAAACUGGCAAGAAGUUAGAUCUGGGGUUUUAGUCGCUAUUCUAUAUUUGACAGUAAUUCAGAGUCGGAUGACUUUACAUGUGAAAACUACCGUGGCUUUAAUGUUGGUCCUUUAUAAAUACUUUUAGCAUUGUCAAUAUGAGAAUGCCUUUAUCACCUAAUACCAUUCUCUGAGAAACUCACAAGGAACAAAAGACCAGAAGCUGCACAGUGCAUCUUAAUUGAUGAUCUAUCAGAAGAUAUCCAGAUAUAACUAUGACAUACAAAACCCUUGCAUUCCUCAAAUAAUAUGACUCUCAGCAUAUUUGAUAAAAAUGUGAAACUUUUAACUUCUACCAUCUUCGGUGUCAUUUACUAACUCCAAUUUGUGUUAUAAAUGUCAUAUGAUAUGAUAUUGUGACCUACUUGAACUAACAAAUGGAUACAUUUCAAUAGCUACAGGUUGUAGCUACAUAUUUCUUGUAUUGAAUAUUGAUUUUUGGGCCAGCCUGCAUCUUUCAAUAGUCUGAA